CGUGGUAGGGAUCGUAACGGAAGCUGCACGGCGUCGCACACAGCCUGGCUGUCUGACCGACACUGAAUGAAAGCGCACUGAUUUCGACUUCAAGAUGAUGAAAUUUCUACCCAAACUGCUGCUGCUAGCGCUGUUAGCCUUCCCGGCGACUAUCCUCAUCAAAGGGCCGGUGGUGAGUGCCCAGGAUCUGACAGAGGAUGAGGAGGCUGAGGCCGUGGAUGAAGACGUUGUGGAUGAUGUGACAGCUGAGGAUGAAGACGACGAGGCGGAAGUGGAAGAUGAUGAGAAUGCAGAAUUGACGGAGGAAAAAGAAGAUGAAGAGGAAGAAGCGCUGGUUGGAGAGGUGAAGGCUUCCCCCAACGCUGACACCACCAUCCUGUUCGUCAAAGGAGAAGACUUCCCAGCCAACAACAUUGUCAAGUUCCUGCUCGGCUUCACCAACAAAGGACCAGAGAACUUCAUGGUGGAGUCUCUGGAUGCUUCUUUCCGUUACCCACAGGAUUACCAGUUCUACAUCCAGAACUUCACCGCUCUGCAGCUGGGCAUCGUGGUUCCUCCCAGCAGACAGGCCACCUUCGAGUACUCCUUCAUCCCCGCUGAGCCGAUGGGAGGGCGGCCAUUCGGCCUCGUCAUCAACCUCAACUACAAGGACAGCAGUGGAAACAUUUUCCAGGACGCCGUGUUCAACCAGACGGUCACCAUCACUGAGAAAGAGGACGGCUUAGACGGAGAGACCAUCUUCAUGUACGUCUUCCUGUCCGGCCUCGGGCUGCUCGUCGUCGUCGGCCUUCACCAGCUGCUGGAGUCCAGGAAGAGGAGGCGUCCAGCUCCAAAGGUUGAGAUGGGAACUUCGAGCCACAACGACGUCGACCUGAGCUGGAUCCCUCAGGAAACCCUGAACCAGAUCAACAAAGCGUCUCCAAGAAGAUCUCCUCGCAAAAGGAGCCAGAAACGCUCGGCCGGCUCCGACGAGUGACGGGCGCCCGACACCACGGCGACAAAACUCCACCCACCUGUCUAUGUAAAAAGGAGGAGGAGGAGGAGGAGGGCUGCGAGCGCCACGUCAAGCGCACGCUCUCCUCUCCACUGAGAAACUUUGAUCAGUGCCAAGCACAGCAACGGCUGGCUCUACUUUCAGCUUAAAAACUGUUCCCCACACACACACACACACACACACACACACACACACACACACACACACACACACCACAGCCCUUUUUGUGUAACGAUUUGUUUUGUGUGGCGGGAGGGAGAGAAUCAUCCGUGAACAGGUGUGUUGGUUUCUGAGGCACGAGGACGUCUGUUAAAACCUCCGUGAGAGAACUGCUGAUAUUUUCAUUGAGACAGUUUGAUUGUUGUUUUUGUGUGUUUGUUUUUUAUUACCUCUCACUGUGGUGUAGGGCUGAAACCAUUAGUGGAUUAAUUGAUCUACAGAAAAUGAAUCGGCAACAAUCUUUGUAAUUUUUCAAGAAGAAACUGCCAAUCAUGACUCACCUCGGCUCUUUUCAUUCUUCUUCAUGUUGUCGACCAUAGCUGAUGAAUUGACUGUGUCUUUCAGAUUAAUUGAUAAUGAGAGAACUGGUUAGUUGCGGCCCUAUGGUAGCCAUGGUAACGGUAACAGAUGCAGUUGGUUUUUGUUUUGCAGGGUUUUUUUCAGUGUAGUUUUGCGUGCGUGGAUUCUGUCGGCACAUGUUGGAUUUUUGUGGAGAGCGUCCGUUCUCGUCCGGCUGCUCCAUCAUCCUCCUCCUCCUUCUUCUUCUUCUUCUGUCCUUUCUUUGCUCGUUUCAUGGCACAGAUCCUGAGUGUGUCCGCUGUCACAGAUUCACACACUACUGACGCUUGGUGCCGUCCGUCUGUUAAACUGCAGCAGUGUCCAGAUCUCCUGCCGACCGCUGGACGAACAACAGUGUUUAUUUUUGAUUCGUAGAGGAAGUCGGCGACGGUAACGUAGUUUUCAAACCAAGAAAAUGUGAAUUAAACGCAGAAGGAGAUUACAGGAACAUAAACACUCAAUAGUAAUCGUUGUGUGUAGUGAUGGCACGAUCAGUGUGUGGAGCUGCACGACCUCCUUAACAUCCAGGUCUUAAAAACACAAACGCUUUGGCCUCCAGGUGUUGAAGUUGUGUGAAAUCUGAUGUUGAGCCACUAAAAAUGGACAUGAUCUGUAUUUAUCUGUUAUUCAGAUUUACUGAUUUCCUCUUGUACAUUUGAAUUUGUCAUAUUUAGGAAGGAAAAUGGAUUGUUGAACCCAGUGACCAUCAGUCCUCUGUGAUACCGGUUUGAACAUCCUUGGGGUUUUACUUUGACUCUGGGAAACUAAUGGAAGUUUUUCACUAAACGAAUCAGAGUGUAGCAUCGUAACAUUUGUGAUGCGGCCGUGAACGUUUCAGAUCUGUGGAUGUGGAAUAAGUGAAGGGCGGGAGCGUAGCAGCAGAGUGGAGGAGCGAGGUGUCGGAUAUAAACCUGCCCUUUAACCCCGACACGCUAAAUUUAAACUCCCCGUGUCGGCAGCGGAGUGAGUGUGAAGGUUGCAGCAGAAAUCCCUGAACCCUCGACGGUGCCUGUUUUCUACUUCUCUGUUUUGUAAAUUCGUUUACGUCUUCUCUCCUCAAGCAGCUUGUUUCAAAAUUAGAAAAAUAAUUUACCGAAUGGAUAAUUUGAGUUGUCUUUUUCUUUUUUCCGUUGGAUUGUAAAAAUGUUGAACUGGCUGAAGCACUGGUGUAAAUACUGGCUGAUGGAUGCUGAGGCGAGGGAAAUUACCGAGCUAAUUUAUUUGAGUAACAGACUGGGCUUAAUGGGGGGGUUUGUAUACUGUAUUUCUUUGUUUUACCACUAGGGGGCAGCACUGACUGACUGCAGGCCUCCUGUGCUGCGCUCGUGUUAUUUACAUUGAGGCUUUGUGGUUCUGUGAGUAACUGCCCUCAGAGUUUGGACCUGAAAUUCUUACACGUCCUUUAAUUUCUGCAGAAAUAUCAAAAAUAAAAAAACCAGCAGGAACAGGAAACACGGUCUGACCUUUAAUAACCUGCUGAGGCUCGUUGAUACCACUCGUUUACCACAGAGAGCUGAGCUGAUGAGUUGUUUUUUUUCUAAAAUGAUGGGGCUGACAUUCAUAGAUACAAGCUUAUACUUUUAUUUGCUUUUAAAUGUGCAGGAAAAUAAACUUUGAUGAUUUGCUGUA